UGGGGUUAACCCUGGAAAUUAAAUAAAGAGGCAGCGGAAUAGAAUUGCUAGAUUUGAGUGCUACUGUGUUUCCAUGGAGGGCCUUACAAUCUGCAAUACACGAAGGGCAGCGCCAGUGCCAUUCUUUCCGCACGAAAUUAUAGAGCAAAUCCUUCUCAAACUACCUGCAAUAUCUCUUUUGCAAUUCAAGUGUGUUUGCAAAUCUUGGCGUGACUUAAUCUCAACUCACGAGUUUGCCAUACAAAAUCUCAUUGAAACAUCUGAAAGGUUCCGCAGACUUGGAGUCAUCGAAUCAAAAAUCUUAAGGGAAGGUCGUAUUUCACUAUACAGUCUUGCCACUCAAGCCUCAUCGCUUGCUGAAGAAGCAGAAGAAGAAACAAUUUGUGUUCCUGCGGCCAACAAAUUCGCUUCUGUCAAGAUAUUGGGGUCCUGUAAUGGUAUGUUGCUAAUAUGUUUGAAAAAUGUUAAAGGAUCCAAUUUGAACCCAAGGAAAUUCCUGCUAUGGAAUCCAACAAUUAGGGAAUUUAAGAUGAUUCCACCCUGUGAUUUUAAAAGUUCUUGUCGUUCUCUGGUUUCGGGAUUUGGUUACAAUUCAUCUAUUGAUAAUUACAAAGCGGUAGUGGUUUUUUAUGAAAGAAAGAGUGAUUCAGUAUGUGGUUAUGUUUAUAAUCUCAGGACAAAUUCAUGGAAGCGACUUGAAAGUUUUUACUUCCCUUACAAGUGUGCGAAGCUACUUUACAAUCAUAGAGAUAUUUACUUGCCUAAUGAAAUAGGAACAACACUUGUGAAUGGAGCUCCACAUUGGGUAACUUUGAGCGUAAGCGUAUUUGAGGUUAAUAAAAUAAUCUACUUUGAUUUAGAAGAUGAGAAGUUCAAGGAGUUUCAAUCUCCUCCUCCUUCUGCGGGUACUUUCAAGACUUUUUUGAGUAUUUAUGAAGACUGUAUUUGUGAAAAUCGACUUCGACGGGAAGACAGUUAUAUUGAAUUUACAUUAGAGGUUUGGAUUAUGAAGAAAUAUGGAGUGAAAGAAUCAUGA